AUGGCGGGCAGAUUCCGCGGCUGGGAGGCCGCGGGCCGCCGGGCACGCCGCGGCGCCGGCAAGAGCCUGGCGGGGCACCCGCCCCCGGACUCCGAGGGCGGGCGGCUUCGACGCCGCAGCCCGCGCGGCGUGCGGGUCGCCGGCGCCAGCUCCCAAAAGGUGUGCGGAUCCGCGGCGCCCCCGCCGGGCGGCGCCGCGGGCGGCAACGCCGACGGGGGCCUCUCGGCCGCCUGUCUGCUCGGCGCGCCCGUGCUGCUGGGGGAGGCGGCCGCUGCCGACACCGCCCUUGGCCGAGGGGCGCGCCGCUGCCGGGGGCCGAUGCGCGGCGGCGAGGGGCGCGGGGACGGCGACCCGCUGCUGCCGGCGGCGGGUCAGGAGGCGUCGCCGCCGCAUCUCGGCACCGCGCGGCCCCACGCCUGGGCGCGGCGGGCCACGGUGGCGGCCUGCCUCGCCUGCGCGGCCGCCGGCGCCGCCGCCGCGCUCGGCGCGGGCCCCCGCGGCGCGCGGGGGGCACGGCGGGGCUCGCCGCGCGGGAGCGGGGCAGCACGGGAGGCGCUUGAGCCCUGGCUGGACGAGCUGCAGGGGAAGUUCAAGAAGGCGGACAUCCCCAUGAACGAGACCCCGGCGGACUGCGGCCCGGUGUGGAAGGACUACACGAUCUACACCAACCAGCACCUCGAGAUCUUCGACACCAGCGAGGUUGGGACUUAUGAGGAGUGCUGCUCGCGCUGCGGCAACAACACCAAGUGCAACGUGUGGAGCUUUGCGACGAAUGCGGACACAAACGGGAUGCAGGACGGCUGCUACCUGAAGGAGCUGGCCCCUGCCGACCCGGACUCCGACGACAACUGCCCAGAGUUCCUGAAAAUCCCGGGUAUCUUGUCCGGCACAUCGAUGUACGCUAUCAAAAACAAGUUGAUAGGCGGGAGGUGCAAUGAGGACAAGAGCACGAGCACCACCACCACCACGACUGAGCCGACUGAACCUGGUGGCGCUGCCGCAGCUUUCGCUGACUUCCCCCAGGCGUCUGUCACCGAUACGACAACGACGGAAGCACCGACAUCAACCUCAGUGACGACCACGAAUAGCUCAAAGCUCCUCGGUGCAAGUGAUACAUCUGGGCCGUUCCUUGGAAGCGUGAGCGAGUACCUCCGCCCGCCUAAGUUGCUGUGGCUUCUUCUGGCCAUGCUCAUCGUCCUCCUCUGUUGCCUCGCCUGCGCCCUGGCGGUCGCAAACAGCGGCCACCCCAAAAAAAGUAUCCGCUCCGCUACCGUUUCUACUCCCAAGGAGGAGGAGCACCACUCUCCUGCGCCGCAGCCGAAGUCGUUGGAGCCAGCUCCCACCGAAGUGGUGGCACAGGGGCCCAUGAUUCCAGUCACGCAGAGGCUGCCCGAGCCCCCGCCGAACCUCGAGGACACGUACGCCAAGGGGUUCAUAGACGGCAUGGUGCAGUGGGUCCGGGAGAACAAUCCCAGCCCGCAGUACACGCAAACGACCCCACCCCAGCCCGGCGCGAGGACCGUGGCGGGGCUCCCCACGUCGGCCGUCGGCUCGGCCGCGGGCAUGGGCGGCUGGCAGCAGGGCGGCCUGCAGCAGGGCGACCUGCAGCAGGCCCAGCAGGCCUCGAGCCUCGGCCACAGCGCGGGCAGCUCCCCGGCCCAGCAGGCCGCGGGCCUCGGCCUCGGCGCGGGCAGCUUCCCCGCCCAGGGCAGCUUCCCCGCCCAGGCCCAGCCCGGCGCGGGCAGCUUCCCCUCCCAGGGCGGCCUCCCCGGCGCGCGCAGCUUCCAGCAGCAGUUCCCGUUCCCGCAGGGCCCGGUCCCCGGCGCGGCCAGCUUCAGCCUGCCCCAGCCCGAGCCGGGCAGCUUCGUCGCCACCACGUACCGCUAGCCGCAGAGCUGGGCACCGGCGGUCGCCAACGCUCUGUUGCUGCUUCCGUGGCUGCCCUGUCCAUUGGCUGUGGGGAGGGCGCCCCCUGUCUUGAUCUCACGCGUACCUCCUGCUCAAUCGGAUAUCUUUGGUGGCUACGGACACCUGAGAUAUUUGCGCUCCCCCGCGGGCGAGGACACGCGUCCAUGCCCACUGGUCCCCGGCAGGGAUCCGAGGCAGGACUCUGACGACCGUGGCUGCUGUUCCUGCCGGUGCGCCCCGCCUCCUGCCUCGCUGGAGGAGUCGGUCGAGGGAAGGGCGGGGCGGACAGGAGCGCUGAGUUGGGGUGUGCAAAGUACGGGGAGGGAGAUGGUCCCUGUGAGGAGGAGACUGCAUGUAAUCUCCAGCAGUGCUCGACGUGUCAAUGUACGAAGUGCACGCCGCUGAUGUUUCAAUCGGCUGCCCGUAGGAGUGACCGGCCUCCGAAUGGCCGUGCUCCGUAAUUCAGCCACCCGGCGCGUGCGCACAAGGCUGCCACCGCUUCUGCACGCACUUCCGCUUGCCUCAGUGCACCCCGCCCGGCGCGCCGCCUCGUCGGAAAGGUACUGAUAGGGGGGCUCGGCGGCGAGCAA